CAUACGCACUACUUCUCAUCCGAUCAGCUGACUGUGAGUGUGAUGCUCUCGUGAAGGACCUCUGAAUUGGAAACCUGACAUUAGCUAUUCCAACUAUGCAGCGGUGAAUUUGAUAAUAUUCACUGUAUUUAAUCGUGCCAACCAUCCCAGUCGCAACAAUCGAAUUGUGUUCGUGAGGCCGUGUCAACCAUCUGCCUGACUGACCGCAACGAAGAUGACUGAGUUCUGGUUGAUCUCUGCCCCAGGCGAGAAGACAUGCCAGCAGACCUGGGACAAGAUGAUGGUGGCUACCACUCACAGUAACAACCUGUCCACCAACCACAAGUUCAACAUCCCAGACCUCAAGGUUGGAACACUCGAUGUCCUGGUGGGGUUGUCUGACGAGAUGGCUAAACUAGACUCCUUUGUAGAAGGAGUGGUUAAGAAAGUGGCCCAGUACAUGGCUGAUGUUCUGGAGGACAGCCGGGACAAAGUUCAGGAGAACCUAUUGGCCAAUGGAGUGGACCUGGUGACCUAUGUGACAAGGUUUCAGUGGGACAUGGCAAAGUACCCGAUCAAACAGUCUCUGAAGAACAUCUCUGAGAUCAUCUCUAAGCAAGUGGCUCAGAUUGACAACGACCUGAAGGCAAGAGCGUCUGCCUACAACAAUCUGAAAGGAAAUUUGCAGAACCUUGAGAGAAAGAAUGCAGGGAGCCUGCUGACCAGGAGUCUGGCGGACAUUGUGAAGAAAGAAGAUUUUGUUCUGGACUCUGAGUACCUGAUCACCAUGCUGGUGGUGGUCCCCAAGACUGGCUAUGCAGACUGGCAGAAGUGCUAUGAGACACUCUCUGAGAUGGUUGUGCCUCGCUCCACUAAUCUGCUGUUUGAGGACCAUGACAGCGGCCUGUUUAGCGUCACUCUCUUCAGGAAGGCCAUUGAUGACUUCAGACACAAAGCCAGGGAAAACAAAUUUACUGUGCGGGACUUCCAGUACAACGAGCAGGAGAUGAACGCAGACAAAGAAGAGAUGACUCGCCUGUCCACUGACAAGAAGAAACAGUUUGGACCUCUGGUACGAUGGCUCAAAGUGAACUUCAGCGAAGCGUUCAUUGCCUGGGUCCACAUUAAAGCGCUUCGAGUGUUUGUGGAAUCGGUCUUGAGGUAUGGGCUGCCGGUGAACUUCCAGGCCAUGCUGCUACAGCCCAACAAGAAGAACAUCAAGAAGCUGCGGGAGGUUCUUUCUGAGCUCUACAAGCAUCUGGACAGCAGUGCUUCUAUCAUUGACGCUACCAUGGACAUCCCAGGCCUGAACCUGAGCCAGCAGGAGUACUACCCCUACGUUUACUACAAGAUCGACUGUAACCUGCUGGACUUCAAGUAGAGACCGUCGUGUUACUGCCUGUUUAUGUGGCGUCAUCUUUGUCAUGAAACUCCCCCAGUGACCGUGUUUAGUCUCUCUGUCUUACUGAUCUCUAAUUGUCUUUCAUUAACUGAUCUCUCUUUAGUUAUCUUUCUCUCUUUGUCUCUAUCUCUGUCUUUCUCCUUUCUCUCUCUGCCUCUUUAUUUCCUAUGUUUUUUUUCUCUUACAUUUCCUUUACUUCCACCUGUACGUCUAUCUUGGUUGUAAGUGAACAACACUCUCUCACAUGCAAAAGGAAGACAUUAACUUUUGUGUUCUUGUGUGUUUUGGAGAUUAAACCAACAUGGAUGUUACAUUCCCAUCAUAAAGUCAUUUUCUGAAAUGAAAUACAAGACUAUUUAAAAAGCUCCAUCUCUAUGAUCCAGUAUUUAUUUAAAUAGUUUUUAAUGUGCUGUGUUGUUCUAGCUCCUUGUAGGAUGAUAUCUGUUAGUAGUAGUUUGUGACAAGCUGUUAUACUGGUUUUCCCUGCCUCUGUUGUAAGUGGUUAAUCCUCAUUGACAGACAAAGACAGAGAAAUCUGAAGAUUAUUUAUCAUGUUUAUCAAGAGAAGCAAUAAUGUUUUGCUUACUGUGUUCCCAUGGUUUCUGUAUAUUAUGGUGGUAAGAAAAAGUAUUGUUAAUAUAAUUCAAAAAUCGACCAAAUAUCUAAAUAAACUGUAUGUAAAUGAA